AUGUCGCAGACCGUCGAGCCCGCCUGGGAGCGCGAGGACAAGUACCAUGCGUCCUUCCUCACCCAGCCCGACGAGGCGCUCGACUUCGCCGUCAGGAACAGCGACGCGAACGAGCUCGACCCCAUCGCCGUAACCGCCUUGCAAGGAAAAUACCUCAACCUGCAGGCACGCACCAUCGGCGCGAAGCGGAUCCUCGAGCUCGGGACACUCGGAGGAUACUCGGCCAUCUGGCUCGCGCGCGCGCUGCCAGACGACGGAGAGCUGAUCACCUGCGAGUACGAGCCCAAGCACGCGCGGGUCGCGGGGGAGAACAUCGCGCACGCCGGCCUUGCCUCAAAAGUCAAGAUCCUCGUCGGCCCCGCGGCGGACUCGCUCGCGAAGAUGGACCCCGCAAACAAGUUCGACUUUGCGUUCAUCGACGCGGACAAGGCGGGGAACCCGGUGUACCUCGAGUAUUGCAAGAAGCUCGUGCGGAAGGGUGGUGUGAUUGUAAGUAGUGCUGGUUGGGUACUUCGUGGUGUCAGGGCGGUGGCUGACGGAAGACAGAUUGUGGAUAAUACCGUUCGGCAGGGACGCGUCAGUGAUAUGUCGUUCCAGGACGAGAACUCGAAGGGUGUCCGGAAGAUGCUGGAGGACUUGAAGAACAGCACUGAGUUCGAGGCAACGACCCUCCAAACUGUGGGCGAGAAGGCGUGGGAUGGGUUCACGUACGUGCUGCGUGUGUAG